CAUACAUUCUUCGGCAGUUUAUUCGUCCACAAACAUAUUGGAACAGAGAGACAUGCGAAAGGGAGUUGCUUCACAAAAGCGCUAUCGUCUUCACUACUUAUGCAACACUUACCAGUGAGCACUGCCGAGGACAAAAUACCUUAUCACAGGUCGAUUGGUUCAGAAUCGUACUCGAUGAAGAAACUGAUAUCCCAGCCAGCUCACUACAUUCGCAAUCGCGCUACCAAACAGUUCCAAGCCGUUGUCAACCUAUCAGCCCAGCACCGCUGGUGUCUGACUGGAACGCCCAUUCAAAACUCGAUUGAACACUUGGGGGCGCUGGUUGCCUUUCUCAGGGUUCCGAUCCUUGAUCGCGUCGCGGCAUUUCGCAAGUUCAUCUCAACCCCCAUAUCCUCAGGCAAGAGAGAUCGUUUUCAUAAUCUCCAAACACUUCUCCAUGCGAUUUGUAUUCGAAGGACAAGAGAUGUGUUAAAUCUACCAGAGCCUACUGCGGAAACCAGAAAACUUCUGAUGUCAUCCACGGAGAGAAUACAGUAUAGAGACCUACUUCAAGCAUGCAUGAAAAAGAUUGAUAUGACAGUCAGUGGCAGGAGAAAUGGGAAGGUCAAUUCUACAAUCCUGGAAUCUCUUCUCUCAUUACGCCUAUUCUGCAACAAUGGGAAAGCCACGGCUUGUACUCCAGUAGACUCUGAUGAAGCCCUAUCCUACCUAGAACAGCUCGACAAAAAUGUUUGCAGUUACUGCUCCGGCACAAUAUUUUGGCUCAGUGAUACACCCAAUACAGAUGGAGGCAUUUUACUCCCUGGCUGCCUUCAUUUGAUUUGUCACAGUUGCAUUCGUGCCCAUCGUUCACGACAGAAUAAAUGUCCUUGUUGUGAUUCCGAUCAUCCACAGCAUAGUGAGCCAAUUCCUUUGCUCGACAACGCGAAAUAUCAUCACCCGCAGACUGCAAGUGGUGAAACACCUCUGACAAAACAAUAUCCGACGAAACUUUUGGCCCUUCUAUCUGAGAUUUCUCAAAAUCCCACUCGAAAAUGUAUCGUCUUAUCAAGUUGGAAAAAGACUCUCUAUAUUGUUGCUGAGCUUUUCUCCGCCAAUGGAAUCAAAUACAGCAUGAUUGAAGGGUUUUUUCCCUUGUCAAAACGUCUACAGGAAUUACAAAGAUACCAAACUCAAAAGGAAACAAACGUUCUCCUGAUGACCCUUGGGACGGGUGCUGUUGGACUUCUCACUUAUGAUCGAGACAGCCUCAAUCUUACAACUUCGUCACGUAAAUAUCUUCUUGAGCCGCAGUGGAACCCAUCAAUUGAGGCUCAAGCAAUUGGCCGAGCCCUUCGACUUGGCCAAGUCUCCAAUGUGACCAUUGUUCGGUACAUUAUGGAAGGGACCGUUGAGGAGAGUAAUUUCUUAUCACGACAGCGGAAAAAGCUGCAAUUAACAAGCGGUGGAUUCCAGAAAGUAGAUACCACGGCCCAAUCAUUG